AUGGGGGUGGUCUCCGGAGCCAAGAGGAGGAGAAGAUCAGAGGAAGAGGAAGACGAGGAGCGCCUCGACCGCAUCAGCCGCCUCCCCGACUGCGUCCUCGGCGACAUCGUCUGCCUCCUCCCCACCAAAGACGGCGCCCGCACGCAGGUCCUCUCUUCCCGCUGGCGCCACCUAUGGCGCUCCGCUCCUCUCAACGUCGACCUCUACGACCGCUCCCUGAGCCGUCGUCACAUCCCCCUCAGUAACAUCUCCCGCAUCCUCUCCUCGCACCCGGGCCCCGGCCGCCACUUAUCCAUCCCCCGGGACUACGUACCGGAAGGCUGCGACGAGGACUGCUCCGCGACCCUGGACGCCUGGCUCCAGUCCCCCGCCCUCAACAACCUCCAGGAACUCGAGUUCCACCUCGGCUUUGAGCGACCGCCUUCGCCUCUGCCUGCAUCAGCAUGCCGCUUCGCGUCGCCAGCUUCGGCGGCUGUGUUUUCCCGGAUGGGAACAACGCCAGCGCGCUCCACCUUCCCGUUCUCAAGCAGCUGA